AUGGGGAUUGGGGAUCCAAAGAGAAGGCAAAUUGAAGAUGUUGAGAUGACUCAUACUAAGAGACUAGAGGAUGAUAUUGAGCAGCAGUGGUCUUUAGUUGGUAUUUAUGGUUUUAUUGAGGAACAUAACAAGAGGAAAAUUUGGGAGUUAAUUAAGGAGAUUAUUAGGGAGGUUAGUGAGUGUUGGUUAUGCGUAGUAGAUAUUAAUGAUAUAACACAAGCUAGUGACAAAUUUGGAAGCAUUGCUAGAUCAAAUACUCAGUUCUCUUGGAGUAGACAAGCGAUUGAUAGCAGUGAUCUUCAGGAUCUUGGAUUUGUGGAAUAUCCUUUCACGUGGACUAACGGAAGACAAGGGAAGAGGAAUAUCCAAUAUCAUGCUGCUUUACGUGUUGAGAUCGUGAGAUCUGCUGAGAUGUUUGACGAUCGGAGGAAGUUUAUCUUUCAUUUUGAGGAAGUUUGGUCGAAGGACACGAGAUGUAAGGAGUUAGUCAGGAAGAAUUGGAGUGGUGUUAGCAUAGGGUUCAACCAGAAAAUUAAGGCUCUGAAGAGUUUGCAGUUGGAGUUCAAGGAGUACAGAACAAGUUAUAUUGCUAGAGAUGUUAAGCGAGUUGAGGAAUUUCUCAAGCAUGAUGAUUGUUGUCCUGCUAAAGAGGAGAAGCUGAAAAAGUACAAGGCCCUGGAGAGACAAAUGUGUUCUUUUCUUAGAAUGGAGGAGAUUAUAUAG